CCCCUGCUCUUGAACCCUUUCUUCCUCUUCCUCCCCCAGUAUACUCCAAUUCCCACGUACUCUUCCUCCUUGUUCUCCUCCUCCUCUCUCCCUCUCUCUCGCCAGAGGAUCCAAGAAGUACCAUUGCAGCUCGCUCCAUUCGUUCCCAAUCCCAACACAGCCUCUCAGCUGAGCUCAGCUCAGCUCAGCUCAGGGAGUUCCCCUGCUUGUUUUUGCUCUAGUGCUCUUGGCUGCCUCAGAAAAGGACUGCAUGUGCAGCAGCUGCAAAGAUAGAAUUUCUUUAUUUUUUUCACCCCACCUUCUCCCAAGGUGCUGUUGGUGCCCCAGGUGGAGGCAACUGGCGAAGUGUGUGCGUUCUUUGCUUGAUCAACUAGGUUAAGCCAUUUCUUGCCCCAGUGUUCUCCGAUUCAUGGUUGUGGAACUAGUCCGAGAAUAGCUGGAGCUGCUCGUUUUCCCUUCCAAGAAGACGAAGGCGGGGGGCGAGGCGAUCGUUUGAGCGGUACCUGUUGCGCGCCUGAGGCGGUGCAAUCAAUGUCGUCUUCCUGCAUACCGACCGGCCUGCGGCUGGACCUGGACAUGGUGAAGGCGGCGGCGUCGCCGGUGGGCGCGCACUCGUCGCCGCUGCGCCCGGCGCACUACUCGUCGCCGUCGUCGACGCUGUCGUCGGAGGCGUCCAACGCCUCGUCAUCGUCGGCGACGUCGGUGUCGCUCAAGCGGGCUCGCGCGCCGCGGAAGCGGCCCAACCAGGCGUACAACGAGGCCGCCGCGCUGCUCGCGUCCAUCCACCCCUCCGUGUUCCCCGUGAACAAGAGCCCCAAGACGGCGCCGCCGCGCCCGCCGCAGCUCUCCGUGCUGGCGGCGGCGCUCGACGCCUCGCCCGACCUCCUCCCGCCGCUCCCCGUCCUCGCGGACUCCGCAUUCCUGCUCCGGGACCAGGACACGCCGUCGCCGAAGCCGCGGAGCCCGUCCGGCGCCAAGAACUGCCCGUCGCCGGCCCCCGUGAGCAGCGCGUUCCGGGACUUCCGCGACCCGCCGUCGUCGGCGAGCCUCGACGCGGUCGGCGCCGACGAGCUUGGCGAGAUCGACUUCGACGACGACGGCUUCAACGCCGACUCCAUCCUCGACGUCGGUGACGCCGCGGCCGGGGGCCUCGACGGCAUCAUGGGCAGCCUCACCGUCGACGUCGAGAGCGGCACCGCCGCCAGGUUCGAGCUCGGCCUCGGGUCCCAGCACGGUGCUCGGCCCAGCCUCAACCGCGCACUGAAGCGGCGGGACGACGACGGCGCCUGGUGGAUGUGGCCGGCAGUGCCGGUAAAGGACUUGACGAUCGCACCACCGGCACCGCCAGCACCACCGGCGCCGAACGCCGCAGUGCCGCAGGCCGCCGCCGCCGCCGCGCCAGAAAAGAAGAAAAGCAAGAAGAAGAAGGUGGUGAAGGCCAUGGCGAAGGGAAAUGAGGAGCUUCUUCCCAACGCGAAGUGCAAGGAGGAAGAAGCUGACGCCUCUGUUGAUGACGCCGCCGCUAAUGGCGACGGUGACUCCGACAGUGCGCCGACGAACGCACCAAAGGCCGGUCUGGGGCUGAAGCUGGACGCCGACGAGGUUCUCAAGGCGUGGUCCGACAAAGGGUCCAUGUUUGCCGAGGGCAGCGGGCCGGAGUUGCCGACGUCGGCCGCCGAAGUGCGGGCUAAGCUUGCAGACAUCGACCUGUUUCCAGAGAACGGAGCAGGCGGCGGUGGGGUCAGGGAAGCCAGCGUGCUGCGGUACAAGGAGAAGAGGCGCACCCGGCUCUUCUCCAAGAAGAUCCGGUACCAGGUGCGCAAGGUGAACGCCGACUGCCGGCCUCGGAUGAAGGGAAGGUUCGUUAGGAGCCCGUCUCUUCUUCGGCAGGCCCUGGAGGAAGAGACCUAGCUAGACAGGCAGUAAUCUUUGCUAGCCAUUUCUUCUUCUUCUUUUUUCCCAGCGCGUUUUUGGCCUUUUAGUUCCUCAUUAACUAAGAUGUGAGUGAGAAUUUUCAGUUUUUUUUUGGUCGGAGUUUUGCUCUGGAGAGAAGAGGAUAGGGUAGGAUGCCUUUAUAGUGGAUUGUCAUGGCAUGGUGGUCAGAUAGUUUGUCUCGGGUUUACAGUGUGAGGUAAAGGAAGGAAAAAUAAAGUGAUGUUAGAAGAAUACAAAGCUUCAUACAGGAAGCAGCUCAGGUGAUGGGUUCUGUUUCGCAUUUACUGCUCCGAAAUUACCGACUGAAUAUCUCAUUGCUGUGAAACAUCCAUUGCAAAGAAGAAGAAGAAGAAACGGCUACAAAUCAGCACGGAUUAUGGUGUAAUAAUAAGUAACAGUUGACAAAACCUGCUGUUUUUCAUGCAGCAGGCCUGCCUCUGCUUUGGAAAGGUAAAUUAUGUGCAGCUGCAGGCAUUAGCAAAAUACAGUAGAAAUCAGACCGAAAAGAGAGAGAGAGAAAAAAGGCACUAGAGAUCUCAUUGAAACUUCAUCAGCACCUGAAAAACCAUGUGAUUUCACAAGGCGCGGAUCAGGUAAUAAGAAGUGCAAACAGUAAAUAAACCAACACUUGGCUGGUUGAAGCAAGUUGGGGUUCAAGCUAUCAGAUAUUCAGAUGGCAUCUUUUA